AUGAAAGGUGACUUACAAAAGUCAUUUUCUGAAUAUAAUAAGAUGAAAGACAAGCUGCUCUCCAGCCAAUCAAAAGACAGUGACGCACUGCGGCAUGCAGUCGAUGGCACAGAGUCCACUUACCGUUAUCAAAAGGAGAUGCUGUGUCUCGAGCUUUUCAAAUAUAGGAUGGAAUACAAAGACUACGAAAAGACUCUCAUGGAUUUCUUAGUUCACCAGCGCGAAUUCCUGAAGUCCUGCUACGAAAGUGCUGAUGCCCGUCUAGAAGAGACCAGUCCGCGCAGUGAUAAGUCCACAGACCACGUGUUUGCUUGGAUUUCUUGGUGUGUGGGCGGGCGUGUCACCGUUUUGAAGCUGGUGCUGCUGCCAGUAGCUCCGAUUUGCGGUCGACCCACCAAUGUGCCACGCCUUGGCUUUGAGGAGUCGGCGUUUGUGCUCACUAGUCGACUCAAUUAUACCCAAUCAAAGAGCUACUUUGGGAGCAGUUUGAAGGAUCACGUCGAUACUGACGGCUACUCCAUUCUCCUUAAAAAAUGCCUCGCCUACCUUGUAAAAAAUGAACUCUACAACCAGGAGGUACGACUAUUGGGUAUACUGUUUUGUAGCAUGAUGGCUUUUCACAACAAUUUCCAGUAA